CCUGUUUAUUUUAAAUGUCGCAUUGGCUCUGUUUCUCUGUCCCUCUCUCUCUCUCUUCGUUCAAUUCUACUUUUUCUCGAUCACCAGAACCCCCCGGGGAUUGCUGCCGUUUAUAUCGCCUUCCCUGGCUUUCUGGCGUAUUCGAGGGCUCACUGUACCAGAUCUAGCUCCGAUUGACCAUCGGUAUGCUGAAUCCGAGCUCUUUAAGGGGCACAAAGUAGAGCCAGAAAGCAAUAGAGUAGGGUUUAGUUGCUGAGUGCGUGAGGGGCCGUGAUUGUGAGUGUUUGGUUGUGGUUGCUACUUGUCGGCUAUGCAGAGAGUGGCACAGUCGAGCUUGAGCACGAGCGUUGCGGGAAGCUACGGCUCGUUUAAGGGCGGCGGUUCUGGUUCUGGCUCUGCUGCUCAAGUUAUGGUGUACGAGCAGUUCCCAGCGGGCCUGAGGGUUCUUGUGGUCGACGACGACGUCACUUGCCUGAGGAUUAUCGAGCAGAUGCUCCACCGUUGCCGUUACAAUGGAAAGCUACAUGCAGAAAAGUCUUAUGCAGCACUUACAUGUAUUAUGGUGAAGCUAGUUACAACUUGUUCUGAGGCUGCUGUUGCUUUGAAUCACCUACGGGAGAGGAAAGGGUGUUUUGAUGUAGUACUGAGUGAUGUACAUAUGCCUGAUAUGGAUGGUUAUAAACUUCUAGAGCACGUUGGACUAGAAAUGGAUCUUCCUGUUAUUAUGAUGUCUGCUGAUGGGAGAACAAGUGCUGUAAUGAAAGGAAUCAGACAUGGGGCUUGUGAUUAUUUGAUUAAGCCUAUACGUGAGGAAGAGCUCAAAAAUAUAUGGCAGCAUGUGGUGCGAAAAAAGUGGAAUGAAAAUAAAGAACUUGAACAUUCCAGCAGCUUAGAAGAUAAACGAGGAAAUGAUGAUGCUGAAUAUGCUUCCUCUGCUAAUGAAGGAGCAGAGGGAAUACUGAAAGCUCAGAAAAAAAGGGGCAAUGCUAAAGAUGAAGAUGAUGGGGAGUUGGAAAAUGACGAUCCAUCUACAUCAAAGAAACCACGUGUGGUAUGGUCUGUAGAACUCCAUCAGCAAUUCGUCAGUGCUGUGAACCAACUUGGGCUCGAUAAGGCUGUACCGAAGCGAAUUUUGGAAUUGAUGAAUGUACCUGGUUUAACUAGAGAAAAUGUUGCUAGCCAUUUACAGAAAUUUAGGCUAUACUUGAAGAGAUUAAGUGGAGUAGCUCAACAACAAAGUGGAGUUUCUAAUACCAUCUGUGGGCCUGUGGAGCCAAAUGUGAAAUUGGGUUCACUUGGACGAUUUGACAUCCAAGCUUUGGCUGCUUCUGGCCAAAUUCCCCCACAAACACUUGCAGCCCUGCAUGCUGAGCUUUUAGGUCGACCAACAGGUAACCUAAUUCCAGCAAUGGAUCAGCCUGCUCUUCUACAAGCUUUGUUACAAGGACCCAAUCAUUUACCUAUUGAACAUGGUGUGGCAUUUGGUCAGCCUUUAAUAAAAUGCCAAUCUAACAUUUCAAAAUACCUCCAGCAACCGAAACUUUCUUCUGUUGAGGAUGUCUCCUCUGGAUUAGGAGCAUGGACAUCUAAUAAUCUUGGUACAGUGGGACCUAGUAACAAUCUUGUUGGGCUGAGUGUUCAGAAUAGCAACAUGUUGAUGGAUAUAUUGCAGCAGCAGCAACAAGAAUCACAGCAGCAGUCUAUGCUUCCUGAACCGAGCUGUUUAAUUAACGUGCAGCCGUCUUGCUUAGUGGUCCCCUCUCAGUCAUCUGCCAAUUUGCAGGCAGGAAAUAAUACUGCUUCAGUCAGUCAGAAUUGCUACUUUAACCGGAGUUCUGUUAUUGACUACAGUCUUCUCUCUCCUCAGUCAAAUAAUUCCUCAUUGAAUAUUGGGGAAUUCCCUAAUGGAGGUCUGAACACUACAGGUGUGCUUAGUGGCUACUCAGCCCCGGGUUCCAUUUCAUCUUCUGUGUCGUCUAGCUCUGUAAAUGCCGAUAACAGCAUGGGUCGGCAAGGUCAAAGCUCAAGCAUUACAUUCAGUGCUGCCAGACAGUUGCCAGGACUUGUUCCUAAUAUGCAUGAUAUUCAGGGUUCCUAUACCUCAAAAAAUGGUGAAAUGCUUGAUCAAGGACCUCUUAGGAAUCUUGGAUUUUCUGGUAAAGGGACUUGCAUUCCAAGUCGAUUUGCAGUAGAUGAAUUUGAAUCACCAAUGAACAACUUGGGCCAUGGAAAAUUAUAUGUAGAGAACAGCAGAGUGAAGCAGGAGCCAAAUGUCGAUUUUAUGGAUAACACAAAAGUGGGCAUCCCUAUAUUACACCAAUUUUCGUUCAAUGAUGUCGCUAGUGUUUUUACAGAAUAGGAUUGCAAUGCGUGGUGAGCUUGAGUCAACUCCCCCCCCCCCCGGGGGAAGUUCAUUUACAUCGUAUUGUCAGAUGAUCUAAAGCGAUUUCUGUUUGUCUGUAAUAUGUUUAGUAUAGAUCUGAUUGCUUGUGCCUGAACUAAACUCUGCACUGUGGAGCUUCAUAGAACGGAUUCUUUGUCGUGAACGAUUUUCUGAUGUGCUGGGGACAGGAGACAGGUUCGCAUGCCUUUAGGAAAAGUAGGCUUACCUUUUUAGUUAGUCUCCUAGGAAUAAGUUGUGUCAUUGGUGUCCAACGUGGUGGCAAUCUUGCCAACAUAAUUGUGUAGUUAUUUGGGCUUAACGGUAAUGAAAUGCUCAUUUAUUUAUUAAGAGUU